ACUCUGCUCUCCAUGAUGUACCUCUGUCUCUCUCUCUUUUUCUCUCUCAACCCUGCAUUUACCCAUUACAAUAAUUCUUCUUUCUCUAUCCACUCUUUUUCUUAUCUUGGUUCCAUCUUCAUGGCUUUCUUUCUUUCACUUCUUCUCAUCCUUAUGGUUCCAUCAACAAGCCAAGCUUCCUAUUGGCCACCCUCACCUGGCUACUACCCAAGCACCAAGUUCAGGUCUAUGAGCUUUUACCAAGGCUAUAGAAACCUCUGGGGUCCUCAGCAUCAAAGAAUGGACAGUAAUGCCUUGGCAAUCUGGCUUGAUAGCACCUCAGGAAGUGGGUUCAAGUCGGUUCGCCCGUUUCGAUCCGGGUAUUUUGGUGCCAACAUCAAGCUUCAACCUGGAUACACUGCUGGAGUUAUUACAGCUUUCUACCUUUCAAACAAUGAAGUUCAUCCAGGGUACCAUGAUGAGGUGGACAUAGAAUUCCUUGGGACAACAUUUGGGAAGCCAUAUACACUACAGACAAAUGUUUACAUCAGAGGAAGUGGGGAUGGGAGGAUUAUUGGGAGAGAAAUGAAGUUUCAUCUAUGGUUUGAUCCUACUAAAAAUUUCCAUCACUAUGCCAUACUAUGGAGUCCUAAGGAGCUCAUAUUCCUUGUGGACGAUGUGCCCAUAAGGAGGUACCUAAGGAAGAGUGCAGCAACAUUUCCACUAAGGCCAAUGUGGGUUUAUGGGUCCAUAUGGGAUGCCUCAUCUUGGGCUACAGAGGAAGGAAAAUACAAGGCUGAUUAUAGGUACCAACCAUUUGUUGGCAUGUACACGAAUUUUAAAGCAACUGGUUGUUCAGCCUAUGCUCCACGGUGGUGCCGACCUGUCUCUGCCUCCCCUUACCGGACUGGUGGUCUCACCAGAAGGCAAUUCAUGGCCAUGAGAUGGGUCCAAAGUCACUCCUUGGUUUACGACUAUUGCAAGGACCCUAAGAGGGAUCAUUCCCUAACACCGGAAUGUUGGGGUUAAAAAUGAAGUCGUUUACUUAAAUACCAAAUAUUUAUUCAAAGUAAUAUAUUUUUAAAAAAAUCAAAAAAAUUGUUCAGAAUUUAAAUUUAUAGAUCAAAUUCAAUUUGAAUGCGAUCAUACUAUAUUAAAUGAAAUUCUGAACAUUUUUUUUUUUUAAAUUUUUAUUUUGGGUUUUUAGUAACCUUUGAUUACUUCUUUUGUAAACACUUUUCUUGGGGUGCCUUGAGAUG